UUUGCAUACGUCUAAAGAAAAAUAUUUAAGCUUUCCCGCUGGCGAAAUUCUGACUCGCGAAACCAGUUUCCUUACUUUGCCCCUCGGCCCGCUUCACCAAGUUGUGUUCAACGUCAUAUUAAUCAUCGUAAAUAAUGCAAAUGCUCAUUGGUUUGUUCCACUCAAGAGUAAUGUAACCCCAGUUCUUCUUUCUCCUGAAAAGAUCAAGCAGCAUUUGCUUAGACGCAUAAACCAUCCCAGACUUGACAACAUGAGGCGGCGAUUUAGUUCCGACGGCCUGCGCCGAACGACUAGCAGCAUCAGAGAACACUUAUCCCCGCUCCGACGCUAUUCUUCACACAGUGAGGUUGAGAUAAUGCAUUUCUCGUGGCCAUCGGGCCGCCCAAGGCUAGUAAUCACAGCGGAUACUCGAGAUUUUGACCAGGAGAUGAUCCAGCAUUUGAAAGAUGAAGCUUUUGAGGUCGCAUAUCUUCCGUACAAUGGCCUACCAAGAGAAUAUAAUGGUCAAUUACAGAAGUUGGAGGAUCCGCUGGAACGAGGGGAGAGAUAUGCGAUUGUGGCAUUUGGCGAAGCCGCAUCCUUAGUCCUAGAAGCAUGCACAAAGCCAAUGCCCAAGCUAUGCGCAGUAGUCGCAUAUUAUCCCCCUCGAAUACCACGUCCAACAGGCGAUUUCCCCUCUCAAUUACACCUUACAAUCCAUCUUGCCGGAACGCAAAAGUUCGGCGGAAUGAAUAACUGCUACACUUACCUGCAUGCAAAACCUGGGUUCGCAGAACUGGACAACCCGGAAUAUGACGAGAUUAGCACACGGCUCGCAUGGUCGCGCACGCUGGCAUGUUUACUACAGGGGUUUGAGAUCCAUCGGGACCUUGAGCCAGUGUGGGAGCGACAUAUCGAUAUGCUAUAUUCCAGAAAGGAUGCGAUGGGGGCGGUGCAGACGAUGACGGAGGACUCGUAUGUGAAUUUUGUACCUACUAUGACUGGGGGAUUCGGUAGUGAUGAGCUAUUUCGCUUCUACGCAGACUACUUCAUUCCAGGAACCCCACCCUCUCUAAAUGUACGCCUCAUCUCCCGGACUGUGGGCACUAAUCGGAUCGUGGAUGAAAUGUUCGUUACGUUCAGACACACGCAUGAAAUCCCGUGGAUGCUCCCCGGGAUACCGCCAACUGAUAAAGAAGUUGCCAUCGCACUCGUCAGCAUAGUUACUGUUCGCGGGAACAAACUUUGUCAUGAAAAUGUAUAUUGGGACCAGGCCAGUGUUCUUGUCCAAUUGGGUCUGCUGGACCCGAAGUAUGUUCCGGCUGGGUUCAACGGAGUGGCACGGACUAAUGGUAACGCAAAGGAGGGAGAUGACGAGAGUGGCAGUGACCGGAAUGUUGACGCUCUUCCUGUGGUGGAUGCUGAAGGGGCAUGGAAGGUGUUUGAUGAGGAGUCGCAGCAAUCUAAUGAGCUAAUCAAAGAUUGGCGAUGAUGAUGACCCUGUCCAAGAAGUUGGUUUAACAGCAUGCUAAACCACAGGUUGUUGAAUUGCAGUUGAAGUUCCACAGAGAGGGAUAUGAUUAUAGCUGAAAGACGUGGAAGGUAGCCGCGGAGGAGUUCGACUGGUUGGAAGGUUACGUCGUUCAUUUAGACCACCUGUUCCACUCCCAGGCCUUGUGAUGCCUCAGAAUACGCAGAUUAACGUAUUUGUCGUUUCAAAGUCUCCGUGGCCCAUUCCUGAAUGAUAUGAGUACACUCAAAGCUAUGAGGGCAGAUGUGCUUUGACUUAAUCGGAAGGCAUGCUGACUUGGACGCCGCACCUACCCCCUCCGGAAGGUACGAAUUUAUGAAAAUGAAGUAAUUUAUGCACUAACUGGAAUUACUGCAUGGGUAUCUAAAUUUGAGACAUGUAUUUUAGUGCUAAUUUAAGUAUAUACAUGUGUGUGAAAAAUUAGGGCAAUUUAUCCCUAUUCUAUUACUUGGUAUCUGAUUAGGCCCUAUAUACAUUGCAACGAUCCUACCAGCUUCGAAAUCUCCGCGCUCACCGCAUCAGCACUUUUCAGUGUCUCCACACUAGCCCGCUGCGCGACAGAAAUGAUAUCAUCCAACCUCCUUAACCCGACAUCAUCGCUCCCUUCACCCUGUGCAAGCCCCGCAACAAUAACUCCGAGCAACGUAUCCCCUGCCCCAUUAACACUCACCACAUCCGCAUCCUUCAAGACUUCCGCCGGCGGGAAGAGACGCAUAUAUACCCCGCCGAUUGGGCUGUUAUUGCCAUCGGCAUAGGAUCUGCCCAAAAUAUACCGUGCAUAAUCCGCAGAACGAAGCCGCGCAUCACCAGGCGGCAGGAUCUGAGUAAGUAACACACCCUGCGGGCCGAGCUUGGAGAUUAUGCACGGGAUGAAGGGAAGAAGUUGAAUGGCUUGCUGGGGGAUCCCUUGGUCGACGAGUUCAGAGUUCGUGAUCGAGACCAGUCGAUCACGCGAGCCACUACUGGGCAUCUCUAAGGAGUUGAUGACUUCCCACCAUUGAGCGCUUUCGAAGAGGCCAGAUUCCCGGGCUGUUGUAUACAUGGUUGUCAGCUCGUGGCGAUUAGGGGCCACGAUGUCGAUAGUGUGGUUUGGAAUUGUGAAUGAUGGCUGGAUGAUCGAUUUUAAGUUUGAAACCGAGCGUGUGAAGAGGCGGGUGGAUUUUGCGUCGGAGACUGGUUCAAAUGCGAUUUUGGCGCCGUUGGAUUUCGCUAGCGAAAUCCACUUCGAGAUGACAUCUGGGUUCCAAUUCGCAUCGAUAACGACCCAAUUUGGUCGUGCCCGCUGGACGAGAGGAUCCCAGAAGGCGUUGAAAUCAAGGGAUUGCUGCGGUGCUUCCAUGAUUGUCAUAUCAGCCAUGGCGAGCAUUAGAUUGUUCUUCGCGUCGUUGACAGAAACAUAUUGCGCAGUCCUGCAGCCAGUAGCUGGACUAAGUACCUGAAUGCCUUGAGAAUGUAAGUUGGGUUGACUAUUUUCCAGGGCAGCAAGAGCUGCGCGGCCGCUGAAAUCAUCCGCGACGACACUGCACAAGAGAACUGAGCUGCCGACGUAAUUUGCAGCUAGAGCUACAUUGUGGCCGACUCCCCCGAGGUUUUGUCUUAUGAUUGAUGGAUUAGAUGUGUGCAGAGCAGGGAUGCCAUCACCUUUCUGUGAUGCAGGCGUAUAAUCGCAUGCAAAGUCUAUAGCAAGCGAUCCAGCGACUAAUACAUUGGUCUUCUCCACCUUGUCUGGGCGUCGCUCGAGAUCAGCUAUUGCUGGACUAGGAGGUUUGAGGGCAUCUUGAGCUGGAGGUGACUCUGACGAUAACGAAGCAGUUGCCAAAUAACCUGACAUAUGUCUGAGUAGCAAAAUAUCACAGCAAAUCAGCCAGCGCUUCCAAUCACAAUUUAGUUACACAAUUAUCUCACCGAUUCCCUUCAAGAGGACGCCCCGUUUCCAGUUUGGCAAGUUCAACUGCAACUUUGGUUCCGCGUUCUACAUUGCUUUCAACCAAUGCUGUGUUUGUAGCCACACUUUUUCCGCCACUCAACUCUCUAAUUUUAGCUAGAACAAAAGGGGUAUUAUCACUGCCAUGGAUCCCUUCAAGCUCAGAGAGCUCAAGGGCCUGUUCAAUUAUAUCAUCAAUCUCCUGUUUCGGGAAUGAAAAUUUCUCUGGCACUGGAUUGGCGAAAACCAAUCCUGAGGAUAUGUUUAAACGUGACUGUGCAUCUAGAAGUAUGUCAAUUGGGGAGUUUUCGAAAUCCAGACCACUUUUCGAAUAGAGUAACUAGAGAGGGAGGAAACAAAAUAUAGCUAGCACAAGAGAAAGCAAAGUUAACUGUUAUCAAUAACUUACAUAUGAUAGCAGCAGCUUCUGCUUCAUCGUGGAUGACUUUCGGCGCUCUUAUUCCACUGUUUCUGGUGUAGAAGGCAGGGAAAUCAACGUUUCCCUCGCGCCCAUCUGCAAAAGCUCCGACUAGUACUCCUUCAGUCUCGAGAUAUUCAAGCGUCCGCUGGAUAUCCAAAAAGCUUUUACAGCCCGAGCUGAUGAGUGCAACAGGUGUUCGCCCAAGCUCAGUCAGGUCGGCUGCGUAUGGCAUGUGUUAGUACUGUUCAAGCAAAAGUCAAGCUGCAAGUCUCACCAGAAAUAUCCAUAGAGUUUUGCCCGCCACGGUGUACACCUCCUGUUGGAUGUUAGAGCCUGUAAUCAUAUUAAUAUCCUUUGCAACAUCGCACAACGCACCGAGACCGCCAGUAGCAAAGACUUUAAUCCCCGCAGUAUGAGCCAGCACCAUGGUACCGGCAAUUGUAGUGCCCCCGUUCAUUUUCUUGCCGCUCAGACCCUAGAAAACGGUCAGCGGUCGUGGCACGCUGGAGUUAGGCGGUAGCUGAGUUACCAGGCCACAGAUAUAUGCCAGGUCUCUACGGGAGACCUUCAAAACCUUUUGGGUCUGGGAUGAAGAUGCAAGCUCGGCAAGCUCAUCGGGUGUCAUUCCCACCCUAGCAACGCCGUCGAGUACGCCUAUAGUAGCAGGCACGGCGCCUCCCUGGCGUACAAUUGACUCCAGGCGGGACGCGAGAGCGACAUUAUCGGGAUAUGGGAAUCCUAGGUAUGGGUUUAGUUACAGUUGUGGGAGUAGAGAGAAGUUCAACAAGCGGCGUACCAUGCGUGUAAAUGGUCGUUUCCAAAGCUACGACGGGUCUCGAUGAAGCCACGGCAUCCUGUACCUCUUCCGAGACCUUUAGGUAUUUGCUUGUCUCCCCGAAAUGUCUCCGUCGGUGAAUCGAUCUAUGUCUUGGCUGGGUUGGGACUCUUAAGCGCGAAUACGACCAUCUCCAUAGUGCAGCCGCGGUUCGUGGCGUAGGCAUAUUGAAGGAGGGAGCCCUAGAAUGCCCUCUUGGC